AUGGCAAUUGAGCUAGAAGAACCUCCAAUUGAGAGCAACGCACAAGUUCUCAAAGACUUGUUUGCCGGAACAAUGGGUGGGAUUGCCCAAGUCUUGGUUGGUCAACCAUUUGACACAGUUAAAGUGCGACUACAGUCGGCGCCAGAGGGCACAUAUUCUGGUGCACUCGAUGUCAUUAAACAAUUGAUGAAAAAUGAGGGAUUUGCCGGUUUUUACAAGGGAACAUUAACACCUUUGAUUGGUGUUGGUGCCUGUGUAUCAGUGCAAUUCUCAGUAAAUGAGUUUAUGAAGAGAUUUUAUGAUAGGAAACUAAAUGGACAGCCCUUGGGUCUUUUGGACUAUUUCAACUGUGGUGCUGUUGCUGGGUUUGCCAAUGGGUUCUUAGCAUCACCAAUUGAACAUAUUCGUAUUAGAUUACAAACUCAAACUGGAGCUCAGAAACUAUUCAAUGGUCCAUUGGAUUGUGCAAAAAAAAUUUAUGACUUUGAUGGAAUUCGAGGAGUAUACAAGGGACUAGGACCCACAUUGAUUAGAGAAUCUGUAGGGUUGGGUAUCUAUUUUGCCACUUAUGAAGCACUCGUGGCCAAAGACCUUAGGGAACACCCCAAGUUGACCAGAUCUGACAUAAAACCAUGGAAAUUGUGCAUGUAUGGUGGACUUAGUGGAUACGCUUUAUGGAUUGCCAUAUAUCCCAUAGACGUGAUCAAGUCAAAAUUGCAAACUGAUUCCUUAAAGGGAUCAAAGUACAAAAACUCGCUCAGUGUGAUUAGAGACGUAUGGCACAAACAAGGAAUCAAAGGUUUCUACAAAGGUUUCCUUCCAACAAUCUUGAGGGCGGCACCAGCAAAUGGUGCCACCUUUGCUGUGUUUGAGUUGACAAUAAGACUCUUGAAUGAUUCAUAG